AUGACUUCUCUACCACCAGUUUAUUCCUUCCCACCUAUGUAUACCAGACAGCCUAACUCACUUAUUCGAAGACAGCAGAUUAACUCAUGGAUUGAUAUUAUUACACAGUUUUGUGAGGGAAGAAAAUGUUGGUCUAUGAAUGCAGAAGGUAAACCAAUCUAUGAGGAUCACUCUAAUGUCACUAAUGAAGAUAAAAAACUGUUCACUAAUGUGGAAUUGCAACGAACAGUACCACAAGUCUUUGUCGAUGAGAUAUGGACUCAGAUGUGCCAAGAUGGUAAAGCAUUGAGGUAUGAAGAUGGUAAAAAUUCUUCUAUGUAUUAUAUAUUAUGGAAUAGUUUGGAUCUUUGGGCUUCGUUAAUAUUACAAUGGUUUGAAACUUCUGUGAAAUUGAAUCAAGUAGUUACACUUUACGAAUUAAGUCAAGGUGAUGAAACAAUAAAUUGGGAAUUCCAUGGAAUGCCAGAAUUAUUACUAGUAAAAUGUCUCAAACCACUAUGUAAUAGGAAUCGAGCAACUAUUUUAAAGGAUGACAACGGAAAACCAGUAGGUGUUAAAGUUAUAUGA